AUGAUAACCGCAAUUACGCUGGAGCCACUCAAUUUGGGUAGCAACUACACAGAGAUACUCAUUGAACCAGAGAUUGAUGUCAUGAAGCUUGCCAAUGAAAAAGCCGGAAUAAAAUCUGUAUUCGAACUAAAACUUAGCCUAUCGUUUUAUUUCGAACUCCUAAAGUAUGUAACUGUGAUCACUAAUGAACAUGCGCUAACGCAACCAAAAGUUCAGGAAAUUAUUAAUGCUAAACAAACUGAAGGCGUCUACGAUUUGCUGCUGGUAGAACAGUUGCAUCAAGAGCCCUUUCUCGCCUUGGCUCACAUCUAUAAAAUACCCGUUGUCAGUUCCGCCACAUUUGCGCAGCAAAGUUACUUUAGUCAGAUGUUCGGUGUUGUGACACCGUGGUCGUAUGUGCCAAUGGAAUUUUUACCAUAUUCUGAUCGCAUGAACUUUUUUGAACGCGCUGUGAAUAGCCUUUAUACGCUUCGGGUUGAUUUAAAUCGUGAAUUUGAUUACUUUCCGGCAUUGGAUGCGCUUGUGCAGAAACACUUUGGACAUUUGCCAAUUAAAUUCCCUAGUGUUUCGGCGAUGGAAAAAAAUCAUUCUGCUAUAGUGAUCAAUAGUUACGCGCCUUUAGCGAACGUGAUGCCCAAAAUGGACAACAUGGUUUAUAUUGGGGGCCUACAUAUCUAUCCAACAAAGCCACUUCCCACCGAUUUACAGAAAUUCUUAGAUGACGCGGAACAUGGUGCUAUUUACUUCAGCUUUGGUACAAUGAUUAACUCCAAGGACAUGCCAGCAGAAAAGCUAGACAUAUUUCUCAAUGUCUUCCGCCAGUUGAAGCAACGCAUUUUAUGGAAAUUCGAAAACGACAGCAUACCAAAUUUACCAGCUAAUGUUAGGAUUAAGGACUGGUUGCCACAGAAUGAUAUCUUAGAACACCCUAACAUGCGCGCUUUUAUCUCCCAUGGAGGACUCUUUGGCUUACAAGAAGCCGUUGUAUUACAAAUAGAGCUAUGUCUCAAGUAA